AUGACGUACACGUUAAGUAAAGAUACGAUCUCAGCAGCGACGUUAUAUAAUGAAUUACUUGUGAUAACAUUCAAAGAAAAGAAACAAAUAAAAUUAUCCGCUUUACCGGCAAGUAAAUUACAAGAAUUGAAAUUUAUGUUAGAAGCAUUAUUGAAUGAUGAUCCGACAGGUUAUGAAGAACAUGAGAAGAAGUUUUGUCAGGUGUCGACGAAUUCAAACUAUGCAUCGCGUAAUUCUAUCACCAACACAAGUACUACGAGUAUGAAUUUAUCGACAGAUGCAAGUAGUAAGAAACAACCGAAAUUGGACAAAAUGAAACAUGCUAAUCAAGUUUUCGAAAAUGAUGAAAAUUCACAACCAUCUGUAGCAAAUAUUUCCAAGGCAGCUGAGAAGAAAAAAAAUGCUUUGCAUAGUGCUUCGAAUUUCUAUCCUCACUCUCAGCAUCAUUCUAUCGAUGAAAAUUUCGAUCACAUCAAUGAUACUUCGCAACAAUCUCGUAAGCGCACAAGUGCGAAUCAAUCAGGUAGUUCAGGCGUUCGUUUCGAACAUGCAACAUCACCCUACUUCUUCAAUCGAACAGAGAAUAAAAUGAAACGACACUUAUCGAAUGGAGAAUCUCGUAUUAGUCCACUGAAAAACAUUCAUUCUAAACCAUUGAAUAACACACCUCUUUGGGAUAAUGAUGAUGAGAGUUAUCUCUAUGAUUGGCGUGAUUCACCAUAUACAACAAAACGAUCGGAUAGCCAGACGUCAGCUGACUUAUCAAUAUCGAAAGCAAUGACAACAACGAUGAAUUUACGAAAGAAAGGUUUGAAAAAUAUCGGUGCGACAUGUUACAUGAAUUCCAUUCUUCAAUGUUUGCUGAAUAUCGAUCCAUUCCGUUAUGAUUUAAUGGUGACAAAUUCCGAACUGAUCACAUCACCCUUACUCGAAGACAAUACAAUCUAUCUUUCUGUUCUACAAAUUCUGUCUCUCUUACAAGAUCGUCAAUCAACACAAUCACAAAAUAAUACAACAACUCAAUUAACUGACGAUGAACGAACAGUUGAAUCACAAGCGUUGAUUAAUUUGAAAAAAGCAUAA